AUGUUGAGAUCCAUUAGCACCGCCGCAGCUUUGCUGGCUCUGCUGUCAACGUCUCAAGCCCAAAUACCCAAAGUCAGCGGUUUCACCUUGGUGUGGUAUGACGAUUUCAGCGGCAAAGCCAACACAGUUCCAGACCAGAAUAACUGGAUUAUCGACACUGGGACCAGUUAUCCCGGCGGCCCAGCAAAUUGGGGCACAUCGGAAAUCCAGUCAUACACCAACAGCCCCAACAAUAUCCGAGUCAAUGGCGCUGGGAAUCUUCAGAUCACCGCCAUCAAGAACCCUUCCACGGGAGCAUGGACUUCCGGGAGGAUUGAGACUCGCAGAGCCAAUUUCAUGGCGCAGCCAGGGAAAACCAUGCGGAUCCAGGCUAGUCUGAAAAUCCCUAAUCUAGGAACCAACGCUGGUAUUGGCUACUGGCCCGCGUUCUGGACCCUGGGCGCUGAAUAUCGUGGCAACUACUGGAACUGGCCGGCAGUUGGUGAGAUCGAUAUCAUGGAAAAUAUCAACAAUCUUGACCGCGCUUAUGCCGUCUUGCACUGCGGCACCCAGCCUGGUGGCGCUUGCAAUGAGCCAUCUGGCCUCAGCGGGUAUCGCUCUUGCCCUGGAAGUUCCUGUGCCGGUAACUUUCAUACCUUUACCGUAGAGGUCGACAGAUCAAAGUCUGUAGAAGCGCUUCGCUGGUAUGUGGACGGCGUUCAGUUCCAUCAGGUUCUUCAGUCACAAAUGCCAGCAGCCACCUGGAAGGGGACUGUACAAAAGCCGCACUUCAUUCUACUCAAUAUGGCCAUUGGCGGAUCUUUCCCCGAUGCCAUUUACGGAAAGAAGACACCUAUCAGUACCACUUUGUCUGGCGGAACGUACGAGGUUGAAUAUGUUGCUGUUUAUCACACUUAA